AUGGCUACGUCAUGGUCAUAUACAACAAGUACCUCGUCAUUCUCCGCGAUUAUAAUGUUAAUGAUGACAAUAUUAUUAACGCCAUUGACACUAACGGCAAAUUACACGGAAGCCAGUGACUUUGUUGGCAAUACAACAAAAAAUAUCACUGUCGAGGAAGAAAAAUAUACGCCAUACAGUGAACGACCAGAAACGUACUUUGUACCAAUAAUCUUUCUUCUGAUCUUGCUAAUUGGUCUUGUUGGUAAUAGCGUGCUUGCUCUUAUGAUCCUGCGACACACAAACAUGAGAAACGUACCUAAUAUGUACGUCCUUUCGCUGGCACUUGGAGAUUUAUUAGUAAUAAUAACAUGUGUCCCGUUCACUUUUACCGUCUACGUUUUGGAUUCUUGGCCUUUUGGAUUAUUAGUCUGUAAAUUCUCUGAGUGCGCAAAGGAUAUAUCUGUCGGAGUCUCCGUUUUUACUUUAACUGCUCUGUCAGCAGACAGAUUUUUCGCUAUCGUGGAUCCUAUGCGAAAAUUACACGUUGCAGGUAGUGGAAAACGAACAAUACGUUUCACUGCAAUUAUUGUCGUCCUGAUUUGGGUUUUGGCUAUAAUAUGUGCGAUCCCAGGCUCCUUUUCAUACAUUAGAUUCUUCAGGGUUAAUCGGAACGUAAGCUUUUAUGUGUGUUAUCCAUUUCCCGAGGAAUUCGGACCAAAUUAUGGAAAGAUGAUAGUAACAUGUCGCUUUUUCAUCUACUAUGUUAUACCUCUCACCAUCAUCGCCGUUUUCUAUAUAUUGAUGGCCAGACAUCUUAUGCGCAGUACGAGAGAUAUACUCGGCGAAAUGCAAGGACAGAUAAAACAAGUACAAGCCCGUAAAAAGGUAGCGAAGAUGGUAAUGGCUUUCGUAAUUGUUUUUGCUGUUUGUUUCUUUCCGCAACAUGUUUUUAUGUUGUGGUUUUACUUUAAUCCAACUUCGCAAACGGAUUAUAAUAUCUUUUGGCACUACUUUCGUAUCUUGGGUUUCUGCCUCGCUUUCAUCAACAGCUGCAUCAACCCUAUCGCUCUCUACUGCGUAAGUGGUCCUUUUAGAAAAUAUUUUGACAGAUACUUGUUUUGUUGCGCCAUGAUGAAGAGAAAACGAAAAGGACAUCGACAGUCACCAGACCCAAGUGCACGCGAACAAGGGCCAAGUUCUUCGCUUGUCAGUUCAAAAAAGAACUUGGGCGAUUCUCGUCAAGAACAACGAACUAUGAUGCGUCUUUCUAUUAUGGCGACUGAUAUACGACCUAGGACUCUGAUUAAAGAACAAGAAACUAUUAUUACUCUAUCGGCGAAUCCAAAUGGUAUUGAGGAGUCAUUAAGAAUUCAACGAAUCUCAAUAGAACCAACCGUACGUGAUCGAUUAGUUCCUUCAUAAAGAUUUAAAGAUAA